CCCAAGCGGAUCCUGAAAAAUAAUUAAAUUGAAAAGAAAGAAUAUAAAAAGAAAAGAGUAUAUUGGUGUGAUGGAUAUUUGGUUAAAAGGGCAAAGGCAUAUCUCCCAAUGCGAAAGUGAGGUAAAGAGAGAGAAAUAUGAUGAUGAUGAUGUUGUGUUUGGUUUUCCUUGUUAUCUUCGUAGCCUUGUUCCUCAAGUUCCUCACUGCUGAUGGGGACUUCACAUUAUUGUCAAAAGGGAAAGUCAAACGCGAAGAAAUCCAAGAUAAGGUUGUUUGGAUUACCGGAGCUAGUCGUGGAAUAGGGGAAGUUCUUGCCAAACAAUUUGCAAGUUUAGGGGCAAAACUCAUUUUAUCUGCUAGAAAUGAAGCUGACUUACAGCAUGUCAAGCAACAACUUACAGGAAAAUAUGCACCAAGUGAUGCGAUGAUUUUACCGUUGGACUUGACUUCCGGGGAGGAAAGUCUGAGAAUGGCUGUAGAGAAAGCUGAAUCAUUUUUUGGUGCAGCUGGAGUGGAUUAUAUGAUUCACAAUGCAGCCUAUGAGCGUCCAAAAUCUACUGCUCUGGAUGUGACAGAAGAAACUCUCAAGGCAACGCUAAAUGUGAAUGUCGUGGGCCCCAUAUCGCUGACGCAGAUGCUUGUACCUUACAUGCUGAAGCGGGGAAGAGGACAUUUUGUUGUGAUGAGCAGUGCAGCUGGAAAGACUCCUGCACCAGGUCAGGCAGUAUACUCUGCUUCCAAAUUUGCAGUAAAUGGGUAUUUCCACACCUUGCGCUCUGAGCUCUGUCGUAAAGGUAUCAAGGUCACUGUAGUUUGCCCAGGGCCUGUAGAAACUCCCAAUCCAAGAACUGGUUCAACCGAGCGGCGUGUAUCAUCAGAAAGGUGUGCGGAGCUGACAAUUGUUGCUGCCAGCCACGGUAUCAAAGAAGCUUGGAUAUCAUAUCAGCCUGUACUUGCUGUUAUGUACUUGGUGCAGUAUAUGCCAUCGGUGGGCUAUUGGCUUAUGGACAAGAUUGGUGGAAAACGUGUGGAAGCUGCUGCACAGAAAGGCAACACAUACUCCGUCAACUUGCUCUUUGACCAAAAGAAGGAAAGCUAAAAGUCAUGUUGGCACACCUUUUACCAAUAGGAGACAAAGAUGAGAGAACCAUGUUUUCAAGAAUUCAAGCUUUUUUUUCUUCAUAAUAAUGCGCACCGUUCUGUUUGCGUUCUUUUAUUCGUUUAAAGUCUCUAAAAGCUUUGCUUCAUCACCCUCAGCUAUGCAAAUGUGCCGAAGAAUAGGAUUAUCUUAUGCUCAAUUUGUCAGACGACAAACUCAUCAAGUCCAAUGUUUGAUCUUUAUGAGAUGUGGCUCCGGUUUCACUGGAUCGUUCAUGAGAAUUAUAACAAUUGUUGGUAUUGUCCAAGCAUUUAGCUAGA